CUUCACUCUUUUGUUCUCUUUUAUUGGUGUUAACCGAAUCAUGCAUAUCUCUUUCUCAGUUCUCACCUGCCCCUACCCACCACUUCUCAGUUCUCACACCUUUUUUCCAUCUCUAUAUAACACUCUUCAUUGCUCUCCUAAAUCUUACUCUUAAGACACAGACACACCCAUGUAGAGAAAAGCCACUAUAACAGUUCAGAGAGGACCAAAUUGUGGGCUUUUUCCAAUUCAUGUAGUUUUAUGAGUUGUGGUAGUGGUCAAAAUAUGUUACACAAAAACCGGCCUAGCUAAUUCAAGCUCUAAUACUAGUGUGAUGGAAGAAGAGAAGGAAGUAUUGGUGGGUCGGAAGCGAAAUAGAAGAAGUGGAAAGGCUGAAGGUGGUGGUGGUGGUGGUGAAUCGGAGCAUGAGACACACAUAAGGACGGAGAGACAAAGGAGGAAAAAGAUGAGUAACAUGUUCACUAGUCUUCAUGCUUUGCUUCCUCUACUUCCUGCCAAGGUAGACAGGUCCACCAUUGUUAAUGAGGCAGUGAAUUAUAUCAAGACCCUUGAACACACUCUCCAGACAUUGCAAAAGCAAAGGAUCGAAAAGCUCCAAAGUGGAAUGAUAGUUGAAUAUGAGGUACCAUUCUUGAUUACAUCACAAGCAGAAGAACUCAAAUUAAAGGAAGAAUUUUUAGCUAACAAGGAAUCAUCAAAGAACUUCUUAAUGUCAACAAAAACCUGUCAAUCAUGUCUGAUUCCUCCUUGCUUUCAGACGUGGUCUUCGCCAAAUGUUGUGUUGAAUUUGUGUGGAGAUGAUGCUCAAAUCAGUGUUUGUUCUCCGAGGAAGCCAGGGCUAUUGGCCACCAUCUUUAAAAUACUAGAGAAGCAUAAACUGAAUGUGGUGUCUGCUCACAUUUCCUCGGAUAAUUGUCGUAGUCUGUACAUGAUCCAUGCCCAUGCUGGUGGAGCUUCUGAUGAAUAUUCAGAGGCAUUCUCGGUGGAGGAAAUGUUCAAACUUGCAGUAGGUGAAAUGAACCUGUGGCUCUUGUCACAUUGACGCAAGAAUAUUAUCAAUACUACAUAGUCUAGAGUUUACAUCUUUUUUGGGCACCUAAAUAUUUGACUUUUUAUAACUUUUUAUCAUCAGAUCAGGACAUUAAUCGGUUUUUGGUAUAAGCAAAAAUUCAACUAUAAAUUUUUUAUUUAA